AUUAACAUAUACUCUCUUCUCAAGAGGAAAAAAUAUCUGAGGAACAGAGGUUGAGAAAACAGCAAUAGUUAAAAGAAAAUGCUAUGUUUCAGAUCAAACCCUCACACAUUGUUUCUUCUCUUCCUUUUCUCUUCGUUUCUUUUCCGACCUGAAGUAGUCUCUGAAGCCUCACAUAUCCGAACUUCACACAUCCCAGGGUAUCAGAAAAGUUGUGUCUUUGGGGGGAGAGAGCACAGUGAAGUAUUGGCAUGGAAGAAGAUAGAAAGGAGGAACCUUGCAGAGGGAAACGAAGGAGAUGACAACUCGACUUUGAUUUUGGCUGAAAGGAGGACUCAUAGGAAGGACCCUCUUAAUGAUUUUAAGAAGUACACUGGUGGCUGGAAUAUCAGCAAUCAGCACUACUGGGCUUCUGUGGGUUUUACAGCAGCUCCUUUCUUUGUAAUCGCUGCAGCCUGGUUUGUGUUGUUCGCGUUGUGCUUAUUCAUCUUAUGCAUCCGCCAUUGCUGUUGUCGACUAGAUUCUUAUGGCUACUCUCGGAUAGCUUAUGCUCUAUCUCUUAUUUUCCUCAUACUCUUCACCAUUGCUGCAAUUGUCGGUUGCGUUGUGCUGUACACCGGUCAGGGAAAAUUUCAUGCCAGUACAACAAACACACUGAAUUAUGCCGUUCAUAAGGCAGAUGUUACUGCUGAAAACCUCAGGAACGUGUCGGGUUAUCUUUCUGCAGCUAAAAAAAUAAGUGUGGAUUCAACAAUUCUAUCACCUGACAUCCAAAAAAGCAUCGAUGAUGUCGACAAGAAGAUCAACUCUUCUGCUUCGACUCUUUCCACUAAAGCAGCUGAUAAUAAAGACAGAAUUCAACAUGGGUUGGACCGUGUGAGAUUGGCUCUUAUCAUUGUUGCCGCCGUGAUGCUCUUUUUGGCAUUUAUUGGAUUCUUGCUCUCGAUUCUCGGGUUGCAGUGUCUGGUCUACACCCUGGUCAUCUUUGGAUGGAUUCUUGUUGCUGGCACAUUUAUUUUAUGUGGUGUAUUUAAUCUCCUCCACAAUGUCGCAGGAGAUGCAUGUGUUGCUAUGGACGAAUGGGUUCAGCAUCCCACUGCGCAUACCGCGCUAGAUGACAUUCUGCCGUGUGUGGACAAUGCAACGGCCCAAGAGACCUUGUUACAAACCAAGAAUGUCACUCACCAACUUGUAAAUGUUGUGAAUGGCAUCAUCAAUACCGUUGCCAACCGUAAUUUCCCUCCACAAUUGGCACCUUUAUAUUACAAUCAGUCUGGUCCGUUGGUGCCAGUUCUCUGCGACCCGUUUCAUUCUGAUCUCAGGGAACGUACGUGUGCAUCUGGCGAAGUUAGCUUGUUCAAUUCCUCAGAGGUUUGGAAGAAAUAUAUCUGUAACGUAUCUUCGUCCGGGAUUUGUACUACACCUGGGCGGCUGACCCCACAAUUUUACAGCCAGAUGUCGGCUGCAGUGAAUGUUAGUUACGGUCUAUAUCGCUACGGUCCAUUCCUGGUUAAUUUGCAAGACUGCACUUUCGUGCGCGAUACGUUCACAGAUAUCAGUCGUGAUCAUUGCCCAGGUCUGCGCCGCUAUAGUCAAUGGAUCUACGUCGGACUGGUACUAGUGUCAGCAGCCGUGAUGCUGUCAUUGAUCUUCUGGGUAAUCUAUGCAAGAGAGAGAAGGCACCGCGUUUAUACUAAACAGCACGAUGCUCGAGUGGAAGGCGCGUACAAGGGUCAUUAGGACCACAGGCUGUUGAAUGCUCGUUUUCUGUAGGUUUGAAUCUUUGUGAAGUGUAGUACAUGUACUUAAUUUUGUGCCUGAUAAUUGUGCAUGAACAAGUUUUUAUUUUCCCGAGAUUCAACAUUUUCCCAUG